AUGGACGAAGCUUCGCUUGUUUGGAACGCUGAACCAAACAGCCUUUAUUUUUCCUUUCCAUUUUUUUCUUUACUUCUUUUUUCUCCAAGAAAUUUGCUAUCAGAAGAAUUCUUUUUUUCCCUAAAUCAUUCUCUGUUUCUCAAUAUUUCUCUUGAUCUUUCUUCUUCUUCUUCUUCUUCUUCUUCUUCUUCUUCUUCUUCUUCUGUAGUUUUCUCAUUCACGUUUCUCGUUCACUCUCUAUAUUGCUCUUUUUUUUUUACCUUUCCCAUUGUCCAUCUCUACUUUCCUUCAUUUUUUGCCUCCUUUUUUCUUACUAAACACGUUUUUACCUUUAUCAUCCUUUAUCACUCCUUUCAUGUCUUUCUUUCUUUCUUUCUUUCUUUCUUUCUUUCUUUCUACUUGCUUUGUUCUUUCUAUUGUCCUCCACUAUCUUUCUUUCUUUUUCUAAAUUCUUUUUAUUUGGUGCCACUUUCUUUUUCUUUUUUUACUUGUUUUUCUUUUUCUUUCUUUCUUUCUUUUUCUACUUUCUUUUUAUUUUGUCUCACUUUCUUUUCUCUUUCUUCUUGUUUUUCUUUUUUCUUACUUUUCUUUCUUCGCUUGCUUUUCUUUGUUUAUCUACUUGCUUUUUCUUCUUUCUUUUAUUUUGUUUCACUUUAUUUCUUUCCUUUUUUGCUCCUUUCUUUCUUUCCUUUUUUGCUCCUUUCUUUCUUUCUUUCUUAUUUAACCUCAUGUUCUUUCUUUCUUUUUCUUUCUUUCUUUCUUUCUUUCUUUCUUUCUUUCUUUCUUUCUUUUCUCUUUUUGUUUUAUCUCUCCUUAUUUGCCCUGUCCGUUUGCUUUCAAUUUCUUUUGGUUUCCACCCCUGUCUUUCUUUCUCUCUCUCUUUCUCUCUCUCUGUCUCUCUCUCUCUGUCUCUUUCUCUCUUUCUUUCUCUCUCUCCCCCUCUUACUUUGGUCACUCCUUUAA